AUGGCCAUUUCCCCGUCCACACUGCUUAGGGCUGCAACUGCAUUGGACGCAAUACAUUCGCUAGGCUGUAAAAGGGUUGGGGCGUUGGUGGUGGGGCGAGCAGGCACGAGGGAGGCACGGGGCGAGCGGCCUCUCCGGCGCUCCACCCGCCUUGCGCCUCGCCUGCCCCUUCCCGUCGGCUCCCCCGCAGGCAGCGAGAGCGAGAGGCGGCCCGGCCCAGAGCCCGCCCAGCCUGGGCGGGGGCAGCGCGGCCCAGGAGAGGGCGGCGCCGGCGGGCCGUUUGAAUGCGAGGCGGGCGCUGCGCGGGCGGAGGACGCCAUCGAGCCGGUACAGGGCAGCAGGGACGGGGAGGGCGCCGCCCCGGGAACAGGACUGCCCCCACCACCCCGGCAGGCUCCUGCCGGCUCUGCUUGGCCGGGGGCCGGGCGGGCGGCCCCCUCCCUCCGUGCCUCGGAGCCGGCGCGGCCGCGUCGGAAGAGCCUCGGUGGGUCCGGGCGCGGAGGGGAGCGGGGUCUGGCGUGCCGCGUCCCCCGUGGCCAGGCACGCACCUUCCCAUCAAGCCCAGUGACCAGAGACCGCGUGUGGGGCGGCGGGGCGGUGUACAGCGCCGGAUUUAAACUUCUUUGUGGCCCUAAGCCCAGACAUGAGGGCGGCGCUUCCCUCUGGAACAAAUCCGGCCCGGGCGGAGCGGGCAGGGAGGGGGCGGGGGGGCGCACAGCUCCGCGGGGGCGCGCGUGCUCCGCAGCCUCGGUGGAAGAGCGCAACUCGGGCGGACCCGUUGCCCGGCUGGCCUUUCCGUUGCCCUGCGCUGUCCCUGGGGCCGGGUUCAAGGCUGGCGUCCUGCCGCAGCUGUCGCUGCUCUCCGCCUCCACAUCCACCAUGAGUUCCACGCAGGCUCAUCCUGGGAGCGGCUGCAACCCUGUCGAGGAGCAGCGGGCCCGGUGGGAGAGGAAGCGCUGCCGGACGGCCAAGGAGCUUGUGGAAUCGGAGCAGAAAUACCUGGAGCACCUGGAGCUGGUGGCCACGUACUUUGUGGCUAUUCUGAGGGCCAAGGGGACUCUGAAGCCAGAAGCGCAGCAGGCCCUCUUUGGAUCCUGGGAGUCUAUCUGCUCUGCCAGCCGGACCCUGCUUUUUCACCUGGAGAGUGGCCGCUUGGGGCUUGGACUGGAGGGAUUCUGUCACCAGCUGGCUUUCUACAUCCACUACGCUGAAAACCUGGAACGGGCCCGGAACACCUUGGAGAAACAGCUGAGGAAGAACAAAUCCUUUUCCCGCUUCAAGAAGCUGCAGGAGUCCCGGCCAGAGUUCAAGGGCUACCGGCUGGAGGAGCUGCUCCCUCUGCCCCUGCAGAGGCUUCACCAGUACAGGGACUUCCUGCUGGAUUUGGCGGAGAACACCCCCCCGGAAAGGUCUGACUUCGAGCAGCUUACAGGGGUUCUGAAGUCUGUCUUUGAGGUAUUUCACAAAGUCCAGGAAAUAGCUCGCUUCCGUGAAAACUCGGACCAGAUGCACAGAGUUCAGAAACUGCUGAAAGGGCAGAAGACCAGGGUGGUGCUGGCCCCAGGACGCUGGUACCUCCAGGAAGGUUGGCUGAUGGUGGUGCCCGCCAAAGGGGAGGCUGUGCAGCGCCGGAUGUUCUUCCUCUUCUCGGAUAUCUUGCUCGUGACCAAGCCCUGCCACCCACUCCAUCCCUGGAAUUCGCGCAAGUUUGCCUGCCAAGCUGUCUACCCACUCAGUCAGUGUACUGUGGGGAAAGUGUUUGGUCAUACCCAGAGCCAAGGCGGGCUGCUCAGUCUCUCCUUCCCACACAAGAAGUUGCUGCUGAUGUCCCAUGAUCAAGAGAACUUUAACACAUGGCAUCAAAACCUGGAGGCUGCUGUCAGAGGACUGCAGAGCGGCUCCACUUCAGUUCACUGAGCAGACGACCUACACAGCUCAUCCUUCCACAGGGCCCAACAAGCCAGAAGGACUCCCUAGCAAAUGGGGGCAGCAGGCGUGCCUGUACUGGUGCCUGUCCAGGCCAUGUGGAAACCACUGAUGUUUGACGCAAAGGAUCUUGCAGCAAAGGCGAAUCUUAUUUUUCCUG